ACCAAAGCAUAUGCCUUUGCAUGGAUUCCCUUCCAACAAACACCCAGCGAAAACCCCAUAAUUACACUUCUACCACUCUCUCAUCUCUGCAAACACCAAAGAGAGGGGGAGAGAGAGAGAGAAGCUGAAGAAAAUCAAUGGCUUCUGCAACAGCAAGGCCUACCUUCUCUUUCCACAUCCAAACACCAACAUCUCUUUCAAAACCCAAAACCCAUCUCCCAAUUCCACUCAUCCACCACAAAAAACCCAUAAUUCAACCUCCCCUCAAACACCCAAGAACCCGUCUUUCGCUCUCAUCUGUCGACGUCUCCAAAGAAGACAAACCCGUCUCCGAAAAGCCUGAAUCCCCACAGACUCCCGAUGAUUCCACCCCCGACGAAGAAAAAGAGAAAUUCGACCGCCGCCGCCUCGAGGAGCGGUUCGCCGUCCUGAACACCGGCAUCUAUGAAUGCCGGUCUUGUGGGUACCGGUACGACGAGGCGGCGGGGGACCCGUCGUACCCAGUCCCGCCUGGGAUGGAAUUUGGGAAAUUGCCAGAGGACUGGCGGUGCGCGACGUGUGGGGCGGCGAAGUCCUUCUUCGAGAGCAAGAGCGUUGAAAUCGCCGGGUUCGCGCAGAACCAGCAGUUCGGGCUCGGCGGGAAUGCACUCACAGCAGGGCAGAAAGCCAUCCUCAUUUAUGGGAGCUUGUUCCUCUUCUUUGUGUUGUUCCUUUCCGGGUACUUCCUGCAGUGACCUGGCAUUGGCAGUGAAAGAUUCUAGGUUGGGACUGAUGAAGCUCAAACCCGACCCAUAGCUUCCACCUUGACAGGACGGUGCUCUAACAGAUUGAACUACAAUCUGGGUAAAUGACUUGUUCGGGUUAGAAAUCGAGUGAGGAUUGGCUACCUCUUUUACAAUGUUCGGAACAAAUAAAGACUCUAGCUGGUUGUUCUGAUCAUGGGUUCUUUGAGUUUUGUACAGGAAGGGAUAUUGUUUGCUUGGGUGGACUUGUGGGUGUCUGAAACCAAUACGUUUUUGCUGAAUCAGAAGGUGAAAGUGUCUAAAAAAGCUGAAUUUGAUGGAAGUGUUCACCUAUACCUCUUCCCUAGCAAUUAACUGAGGAAUUUAAUAUGAUAAAAGCAGCUUAAUCUUAUUAAAUACAUUAUUUAAA